CAGAAUCCAAAAGAAGUGGUGGGAUAACCCAACACUGUGCUCGCCGAGACUAGAAGUCGACCCCAAAAAACGGGGCCACCGAAAGGUGGGAGCAGCUGUUCAGUCAGCAACAAAGAAUAAAUGUUUACUCCCAUUCACUAAAUUCAAUUGAUUCAAUUUCUUUGAUUAAUCAAGUAUUUUUUUUAAAUUCUCAUCUUGAUUCAUCUUUCGCCAACACUUGAAAAUCAAUAACAAAUUGAAACAAUUAAAUUUAUUCUCAUCAAUUAUGACAACUAAGGAUCUUUUUAAGUCUUUCGACUUUGGUCCUUCUCUGAUGGAUGAAGUUUUCAGAGAAUUGGAUAUCAUCAAACCAGAAUUUACCGAUGAUUUAAAUGGUCAACAAAAGGCUAUCAAUGAUUGUAAUUCAAACGUCAAAAAUGAAAUCAAAGAAAUUGUUAACAAGUUAACUUUAAACAAGGAUAAACCAAAUAAGAAUAAAACAACAGUUAAGCCCAUCUCACCCGCUGAAGAACAGAAUUUGGAUUCAGCUAUUGCCAUGGCUAAAGAAUUGGCUACAUUGAGUAUGAUGGAACUUGAAUUUAAGCCUGUUAAUGAUGUUAAACAUGAUAAUAUUUCAUCAGACAGCCCAAAAACACCAACCUCACCAAAUAAGAAAAAGUUUUCAUUCAAAUUCAAAAAUAGUCCUAAAGGUGAUCGUAAAAAUUUCAGUGAAAAAGCAGAAAAAAUCCCGGAUAUUCAAUCUAUUUUAACCGAAGAAGCCAAAGUCGCCUACAGUAGUUUAAUUGAAAAAGGUACAUCUCACUUUGGUACAGGAGCGACCAUAACCUCUGCCACCUCAACCGCUAAUCCUGUAACCAUAAGUCAUCCCAUUGAAACAGAUACAACUGAUUAUAAUCCAUUGAGACUUUUACGAAGUGGAUUCUCAAUUAUCCCUAAAGUAAAGGGAAACAAACAACGUAUUGCUGCCACCCCACAAACCGCAUCACUUGCCAGACUUACAGCUAAUGUUAACCGAAGUAAUUUGGGAGCUCCACCACCUCCUCCGGCAUCUUCAACCACCGGACCGAUAGCGGUUUCAAGUUCAUUGGGAUCUGUUUUCCUAGAUGACAAUUUACCAUCUUCAUUAGCUCAACAACAGAAUCAACUGCCAUUACCUCCUCGUGAUAGAUCAAAACAAACUCAGCCUACCUGUUUGAAACAACACCAACGUAGACAUCCACUUCUUAUACCUGGAUCCUCAUCUUCAGCCGCAAUCGGACCGGUAUCUUCACUGGAAUCUUCAGAUUCAUUUGAAAAUGUAAAUUCCAGUGAACCACCAAUGUCCACUUUCAAACCUCAUUUACCUGCUUUAAAACAUGGAGUUUGUAAUGAAUCACAGCCAAGUUAUGUUAACUAUGUUCCUCCUCGAACCACAGAGAUGGCGGAUAACAAAUAUUCUAGUUCAGCCUCAACAUCGAGCCCGAUACGUACUUUGGGUCCUCAUCCACCUCCAAAGCCAAAUAGGACUUUUCUGAAUGAAGAGCCAUUGGAAGCUAAACAUGCUACUACUAGCUCAGCCUCUGUGGAUAAUCAUUCAUCACUAAUGAAACCAACACAACAAUUUAAUGAGAUAAAAUCUUUCGAUGGGCUCAACCAAUCGCCACUUAAAUCCUCUUCUAUAAAUUGUCGUGUUUCCUCACUAGAUUAUUCAUCUACUUCUGCCGUUGAUAAACCUAGUCUACUCACUCGAUCACUAGAUUCUAAAGAACCUGAUCCAGAUGAAGUUCGAGUCAUGCAAAAAGUUCUUGCUAAUGAAAUACAGUUAUCUACAGAGGAAUGCAUAAGAAUCCUUCGAACCACAGGCUGUGAUAUUCACAAAGCAGUUAAAUGUGUUCGAUUACGAGAAACAUUGAAAAAUCAUUCGAUCAAUAUUGAUUGUAAUUGGGCGGAAAUGUUGGCUCGAUUUAAUUGGAAUAUUCGUCAAGCCUCAAAUUAUCUAAUUGCUACCCAAGGACUGCCAGAAGAUACCACCGAAGUGUAAUUGUGAUCAAUAUAAGCACACAAACAAUUCGUUAAGCUGCCCAGUUAAACUGCAAUUAAUUCAAAUUUAACCAGAAAACGAAGCAUUUAAAUGGAUCCAAAAUCAGCAACUAUCAAUAAGGAUCUAAAUCUAUUUCUUCAUUUCUUAAUUAGCUUUCAUUUUACCAAACUGACCCGCUGAAUUAAUCGUCUCUUCUUCAUCAUUUAUGGCAAAUAUUUUCAACCAAAAUUUAAUCAAACUACUAAAUUGUAAAGCAUUUAAAAAAAAUCAAUAAUCAUCUUGCAAACAAUUAACUUUGACGCUGACAAAUGCUGAAAAAAUGAGAGCUUUAAACGUUACCUUCAUCCGUUAAUUAAUGACUAUGGAAAAUUAAUCAACUUCCCUUUCUCAUCAAUAGUUUAUCUAAAUAAGUUCCUGAUGAUCAUCUAAACAAUCAGUAUAUUUGCCAAUGAUUGUGAAAACAAUUUCAAGUUCAUCAUCUCAAGCCUGUUAAUCAAAGUGACCCAGGUCGUUACAACGAUUACUGCACAAGAAAUGAAAACAAAGCAACAAUUAAUUACCAAUAAUCAUCUUAUUUAGUCAAUGGAAUCAAAAUUUUCAUCAAAAAUCAUUUCUACUCAUUAUAAUUAAUCCUUUCCUUUUAUUCACAAUAGAAACUGAAGAAAAGCUCGAUGAUAAUUCAAAUGGAUUAACUAAUUUACACCAAUCCCGACAAUUAACUCUAAUCUUAUUCAAUCCACAACCUUUCAUCCUCUCUCAGUCUUAUCAAAAUUCAUCUUCUAUUAUCAUCUUUGUACUUAUCAUCAUCCUCUUCAAGGAGCUAGUCUAAUAUCUUAAUUGUAAUCAAAUCUUUUCAAUUACCUUUUCUUUUCAUCAUCAAAUAACCAUCAACAACGAUCAACUUAUUGAUUGAUUUUUAUUUGAUCAAAAAAAGUUAAAUUUUGUUUUUUGGUUAAUCACUAAAGUAGUUGAUGAUUUAAUCUUUAAUUACAUUUUGAUGAAACUAAAACCACAAUUAGCUAAAUUUCUGCAAUCAUUUAGCAACAAUAAUGGUAAUUAUGACAAAACUGUGAGCAUAAAUCGAUUGAUGAUCUGUAUUAAUGAUUAAUUGUAAGCAACAAUUAAAUUAAUAAAAUACGUUUGUUAUCCCAAACUUGAAAAUCUAA